GGUUUUACGGGUUUCACAUUCAAAGAUCCAAGAAAUUUCCAAACUGUAAAAGGAAAAGGAAAAAUAGAAAAUACAAGAGAAUUGGAAUAUAGGUCUCACAUUUCUCACAUUGAUUCUUCACUGUGAUUCUCUGUGCUUUUUUUUUUUUUUUUUUACACUACUCAUAUAAUUUUCAACAACUUAUUUUUUUUGGGGUAUCUUUUAUUCCUUUCAAUUUUCACAGCGUUUGGUCACCAAUAUACUCUUAAAUUCACAACCUUUAUGUGAGUUCCAUUUUUUUUUUUUUUUUGGGUUUUCUUUUAUCUGAGUGAUUUGAGGGUCUGAUUUAUGUGAAAGAUUGAAGAUAUUUUCUGGGUUUGAUUGGAAAAGAAGUCUGGAAAGUGGGGUUCAUACAACUUCUGAGCUACCGAUGCCAGAUAACCGGCAGGUUCAGAAGAAUGCUAUGCCUAAUCAAUCCGCAAACAACAUUGAAGAAGCAUUCUGGCGGUUGAAACUAAAUGAUAAUCAGGAGGGUGGUGGUGCUGCCCAAUCGGCUGCAUAUCCAGAUCGACCUGGUGAACCCAACUGCCUAUAUUAUUUGAGGACUGGGUUGUGUGGUUAUGGAAGUAAUUGUCGUUAUAAUCAUCCUUCUUAUGCUUUGCAGGGUGCUCUGUACAGUGGAGAACUCCCAGAAAGAGUUGGACAGCCUGACUGUGGGUAUUUUCUGAAGACAGGGACCUGCAAAUAUGGAUCAACAUGUAAAUAUCAUCAUCCAAGGGACAGGCGUGGUGCUGGACCAGUCUCAUUCAACAUUUUAGGUCUCCCCAUGCGUCAGGAAGAAAAAUCAUGUCCUUUUUACAUGCGAACUGGAUCAUGUAAGUUUGGAGUUGCAUGCAAGUUUCAUCAUCCACCACCUGCAUCGCUUGGCCCUGUUCUACCAGUACCUGGACAUGUUGCUUUUGGAUCUAUGGCCCCGACAGUUGUGCCUUCAUCAGGUCUACCUUAUGUAGGUGGAUUUCCUGCAUGGUCAUUACCAAGAAUGCCAUAUGUAUCUAGCCCACGUUGGCAGGAUCCGCAGUCUUACCCAUCUGUUCCUUUUUCCCCUUCUCAAGGCAUCGUAUCUGCACAAGGCUGGAACACUUAUAACACUUACAUGGGAAACAUGAGCCCUAUGUCUCCUACCAGUUCUGCUAGUGUUCUUGGUUCCAGCUUUGUAUACAACUCCAAAAAUCUUGGUGAGUCGGGUUCCAGUGGGCAGGUGCAUUUGUCAUCGACACCUGCUCUGAUUCUCCCUGAGAGGCCUGACCAACCGGAGUGCCGAUAUUUUAUGAACAAUGGGACUUGCAAAUAUGGAUCUGAUUGCAAGUUCCAUCACCCAAAGGAAAGAAUUGCACAAUCAAUUGCUACCCAGCCUGGCCUUCCCUUGAGACCUGGGCAGGCUGUAUGUUCAUACUAUAGUAUGUAUGGACUGUGCAAGUAUGGCCCAACUUGCAAAUUUGAUCACCCAGUUGUAGCACCUCCUUAUAAUUAUACUUUGAGCCUCCCAACUCUUUCUAUGCUUGAUUCACCUCUCUUUAAUUAUCCGAGAAGCUUGUCAACAGCCCACUCAUCUGAGACUUCCCCUUCUAAAUCAUCAAAAUUUCCUGAUUGGGUCCAGAAACAUGAUGCUACAAACAAUGAACAUGAGAAUUUAGAUACAAAGACUCCAGAGGAUUCACCUGAACAGGCUGCUUCUUCACCACUCCCAAUUCCAACUUCAACAGAGCCAUUACAUGAUCAUUCUGGUUGAAGUGACUCCUAUUUUGUUCUCUUGUCACAUCCCAUUUUGAUGCUUAUGUUAAGGAGAUAUUUAUUAUAUGUACCUCCUGCCCCCCUUUUUGCCUGCGGUUCUUUGGAGUGGGAUAGGUUGUUUGGAUAUCAACACGAUGACUAGAAGCUGGGGGGCAUGGAAGGCAUUUUUUUGGUGGUGAAUAAAGUGCAGGUGAAAGUUUGUAUU